AUGGCCAAGAAAGCAAAGUCACGCACCAUCACCGUCCGCCUGAUCUCCAUGGCGAUGACUGGUUUCUACCGUACCAUGAUCCGGCCCCGUGCGCACCGCCCGCUCUCCAUGCUCAAGUACGACCCCGUCGUGAAGAAGAAGGUGCUUUUCCUUGAAGCGACCAAGGGUGGAAAGGCGAAAUAA